GCAGCUGCCACCUCACACAGCUUCUGAUAUCUCUAUCAGAGGACUCUUCUCCUUCACUAUACCUGUCACCAUGGCCCACCGAUUUCCAGCCCUCACCCCAGAGCAGAAGAAGGAGCUCUCAGACAUUGCCCAGCGCAUUGUUGCCAAUGGGAAGGGCAUUCUGGCUGCAGAUGAAUCUGUAGGCACCAUGGGGAACCGCCUACAGAGGAUAAAGGUGGAAAACACUGAAGAGAACCGCAGACAGUUCCGAGAAAUCCUCUUUACUGUUGACAAUUCCGUCAGCAAGAGCAUCGGGGGAGUGAUCCUUUUCCACGAGACCCUCUAUCAGAAGGACAGCCAGGGAAAGCUGUUCAGAAACAUUCUCAAGGAGAAGGGAAUUGUGGUGGGCAUCAAGUUGGACCAAGGAGGUGCUCCCCUUGCAGGAACAAACAAGGAAACCACCAUUCAAGGGCUUGAUGGCCUCUCCGAACGCUGUGCUCAGUACAAGAAAGAUGGUGUUGACUUUGGGAAGUGGCGUGCUGUGUUGAGGAUUGCUGACCAGUGUCCCUCUAGUCUUGCUAUCCAAGAAAAUGCCAAUGCUCUGGCUCGCUAUGCCAGCAUCUGUCAGCAGAAUGGGCUGGUACCUAUCGUUGAGCCAGAGGUGCUGCCUGAUGGAGACCAUGACUUAGAGUACUGCCAGUACAUUUCUGAGAAGGUCCUGGCUGCUGUCUACAAGGCCCUCAAUGACCAUCAUGUUUACCUAGAAGGUACCCUGCUAAAACCAAACAUGGUGACUGCUGGACAUGCCUGCACCAAAAAGUAUACACCAGAGCAAGUGGCCAUGGCCACUGUCACUGCUCUUCACCGCACUGUUCCUGCAGCUGUUCCUGGUAUCUGCUUUUUGUCUGGAGGCAUGAGUGAGGAGGAUGCUACACUCAACCUCAAUGCUAUCAACCGUUGCCCUCUGCCAAAGCCCUGGAAACUGAGUUUCUCAUAUGGAAGAGCCCUCCAGGCUAGUGCACUGGCUGCCUGGGGUGGCAAGGCUGAAAACAAGAAGGCAACGCAGGAAGCUUUCAUGAAGCGAGCCCUGGCCAACUGCCAGGCAGCCCAAGGACAGUAUGUUCACGCAGGCUCUUCAGGUGCUGCGGCCACCCAGUCACUCUUCACAGCCUCCUACACCUACUAGAUCCUGUCUCCCACCAGCCAGGCUCCAGCUCUCCUAAGUAUUUUGGUUGGAGAGCCAAGAGGCUUCAGUCAACCCUGGGGA